AUGAAUGUUUCCUGCGUCAAUAACCGUCCAUUAGCCGCCCUGCCGUUCCUUCUUUUUCUCUACCUUUCUAUGUCGACCUUCCGUCGCGACUCGGAAGAACACGCCAUUCGUUUCUUUCCCACUGUUAAGUUCCCGUCUUGUCUUCCUUUCCCCCGACCUUCUCCCCUGCUGGCCCCACAGGACGGAACAGAAGUAUCGUUCAAAGUGAAGCCGAAAACCAAGUUCAGCAAGUUGUUCCAGGCGUACAGCGAUAGAAAAGGGUUCAAAUUAGACACCAUGAGGUUCCUAUACCACGGUGGUCGAGUGCUGGGGGACAACACGCCUGCUGAGCUGGGUAUUGAGAACAACGACCAGAUAGAGGUGAUGGUGGAGCAAUUGGGAGGAGGCAUGUGGCUCCAGCAGCAGUGCCGGUACCUUGUCAGAUGA